AUGUCGUUCAUGCUCAUGCAGACGCCAGACCCACGAACCAUCAAGGACGCCCUGCCCGAUUUCACAAACGUCACGCACAUUUUCCUGCCGAUAAACGACAACCCCACGGCCUCUGUCGCCGAGGGCGGCACGCACUGGUCGCUCCUCCUCGUCUCGGUCGUCGACGGCGUGGCCUUCCACUACGACAGCAUGCCGCCGGGCAACCAAAACGAAGCACACUACGCGAGCCAGAAGCUGAGCAGGCUGAUCAAUCGGCCCCUGCGGUUCAUCAAUCUGAGUGAUUCGCCCCUGCAGGACAACGGCAGCGACUGUGGCGUGUUUGUCUGCCUGAACAUGCGCCACCUGUUGCUCAAGAGGCUGUUGAUGGUCCGGACGGACAACAAAGUGAGCAUGUCACUGGGAGGGAGGACCGUCGAUGCCGCGGCGGGACGUAAAGAAAUGCUCAAGAUCAUCGACGAGUUCCGGCGCGAAGGGGAGCGCAGGCGGAGUAUCAGCAACUCGCCGCAUCCGGGGCGCAAGAGCAGGAGUCCGCCGCGGAUCGAUAGUCCCGGGGCGAAUAGGAGUAAGAGUCCGAGGCAUGGAUAG